AGUUGUAGUUCUUUACAGGAGACGCACAUCUGUAGUGCUUAUUAUCGACUGAAAUGAAUUAAACUCCACGUCCCGACGUCACGGUACGGGCUCUUAUAAUUGUUGUGAAUAUGUAAUUGCGCUCGUGCGAUUGGUUGCUUCUAAACUUGGCUUUGCUGGGGCAGGCUGCUACAGUCGGUGAGGUGGUUGUUUCGCCGGUGCUGUGUGAGGAUGUGAACAUUAACGGAGGCUGUAGGAAAUUAACCCAUAAAUGCGUGACGACAGGACGCCGCGGAGAAGCUCGCAGGGUCAUGAUGCGACAGAAGUCGAUGCUUUGUAGGGAAAAUCUGAGAAAAUAGAGGAUUCGUUGUUAGUUCAGAGGGAGAAUAUUAAGCUUUGUGCGCAUAAAAUAACUCGCUGGAGAUUUUGGAGAAGACUGAGGCAACUCCUGCUUUGAUGAUCACACUGAAUGGACUUUUGAUAUACUGUCUAAAAGAAUGACGGCCAGCCAAAGGUCCAAGGAUGAUUCCGCUCUUCACGGAACCUGCACAUAGUCCGCAAAGCGGCCACUGACUGACCUUUUACGCACGGGGAAAGAUCCGUGCUCACACAUUUUGUUUUCGUGUUUAUGUGGAUGAACUUUACAAUACAUUUUUAAUGAUUCGAGAUCUGAGCAAGAUGUACCCCCCGGCACGGCAUCCGGUCCCCCACCAGCCGGGACAGCCGUUAAAGUUCACUGUCACCGAGUCCUGCGACCGGAUCAAGGAGGAGUUCCACUUCCUUCAAGCUCAGUAUCACAGUCUGAAAUUGGAGUGUGAGAAACUGGCCAGUGAGAAAACUGAGAUGCAGAGACACUAUGUCAUGUACUACGAAAUGUCAUACGGACUCAACAUCGAGAUGCACAAGCAGGCGGAGAUCGUCAAACGGCUGAACGCAAUCUGCGCCCAAGUCAUCCCCUUCCUCUCUCAAGAGCAUCAGCAGCAGGUGGUUCAGGCGGUGGAGAGGGCCAAGCAGGUCACCAUGGCUGAACUCAACGCCAUCAUAGGACAGCAGCAGCUCCAGGCUCAACACCUCUCCCACGGCCACGCCAUCCCCAUCCCGCUCACGCCACACCCAGCGGGCCUCCAGCCCCCCCUGCCCCCCGGGGCUGGUACUGCCAGCCUGCUGGCUCUGUCCUCCGCCCUGAGCCACCAGCUGCCGCUCAAAGAUGACAGGAAACACCACGACAACAACAGCGAACACCCGAGAGACAGAGACUCGGUCAAGAGCUCAUCUGUGUCUCCCUCGGCCAGUUUUCGGACCGGAGAAAAGCACAGGAGUUCGAGCGAUUACUCCUCCGACAGCAAGAAACAGAAGACAGAUGAUAAGGAGUUGGCCUCCAGCCGCUAUGAAAGUGAUGGAGAGAAGAGCGAUGACAACUUGGUAGUGGAUGUCUCCAAUGAGGAUCCAGUGUCUCCUAGAGGAAGUCCUGCCCACUCACCUCGGGAGAACGGGUUGGACAAGCGUCGCCUGUUGAAGAAGGACGCUCCACUGAGUCCUUCCUCCAUCGCCUCCUCCAGCAGCACACCUUCAUCCAAAUCCAAAGAGAUUAAUUUGAAUGAGAAGUCCACAACACCUGUGUCCAAGUCCAGCACCCCCACAUCCCGCUCUGAUGCCCCGACACCCAGCAGCACCUCCACCCCGGGCCUUAGGACCGCACCCAGUAAACCGCCAGGAGUCGAGACGCUGGCUCCUGGUCUCCGGACGCCGUUGGCCGUGCCCUGCUCGUACCCCAGUCCGUUUGGAAUGGUCCCCCACCCGGGUAUUAACGGAGAGCUGAGUGGAGCAGGAGCAGCCUACACCGGCCUGCAUAACAUAUCUCCACAGAUGAGCGCGGUGGCUGCCGCUGCAGUGGCAGCUUAUGGACGCACACAAGUGGUGGGAUUUGAUCCUCACCACCACAUACGUGUCCCUGGCCUUCCUCCCAACCUGUCAGGCAUUCCUGGUGGAAAACCAGCCUACUCCUUUCAUGUGAGCGCUGAUGGACAAAUGCAGCCUGUGCCUUUUCCCCCGGAUUCACUGAUUGGCCCUGGCAUUCCGCGCCACGCACGACAGAUCAAUACGCUCAGCCACGGGGAGGUUGUGUGUGCUGUCACCAUCAGUAACCCGACACGUCAUGUCUACACCGGCGGCAAGGGCUGCGUCAAGGUGUGGGACAUCAGUCACCCGGGCAACAAGACCCCUGUAUCCCAGCUGGACUGCCUUAAUAGAGAUAACUACAUCCGUUCCUGUCGGCUUCUGCCGGAUGGACGGACUCUCAUUGUCGGGGGCGAGGCGAGUACUUUGUCAAUCUGGGAUUUGGCUACACCAACUCCACGAAUCAAGGCUGAACUAACUUCGUCAGCACCCGCGUGUUAUGCUCUGGCCAUCAGCCCCGACUCCAAGGUCUGCUUUUCCUGCUGCUCUGACGGAAACAUAGCUGUCUGGGAUCUUCACAACCAGACUCUGGUUAGGCAGUUCCAGGGCCACACUGACGGAGCCAGCUGUAUAGACAUCUCUAAUGAUGGGACCAAGCUGUGGACUGGAGGCCUGGAUAACACAGUGCGGUCCUGGGACCUGAGAGAGGGACGGCAGCUGCAGCAGCACGACUUCACCUCCCAGAUCUUCUCACUGGGAUACUGUCCAACGGGCGAAUGGCUGGCAGUGGGGAUGGAGAACAAUAAUGUGGAGGUCCUACAUGUCACCAAACCUGACAAGUACCAGCUCCACCUGCAUGAAAGCUGUGUGCUCUCACUCAGAUUUGCUCACUGUGGGAAGUGGUUUGUGAGCACAGGAAAAGACAAUCUGCUCAACGCAUGGAGAACCCCAUAUGGAGCCAGCAUAUUCCAGUCAAAGGAGUCAUCCUCAGUGCUGAGCUGCGACAUCUCCAUAGAUGAUAAGUACAUUGUGACGGGCUCAGGAGAUAAGAAAGCGACUGUCUACGAGGUCAACUACUAGGGGGGGCGACCGUGGUCAUUAAACAACAACGCCAUCCUUCCAUCCAGGCACUCUGCGAUGUGUCCAUCACCCAUGUACAACUUUUAAUGUGUAUAAAAAGGAUUUGAAUGGAACCAACCCAACAGACUUUCUUGGACUGUGACCUUUUGACCUUUUAGAUGGUCGUGGAUCAAAACGAACAAGCAGAACCAAGCACAGAGAUUUCUUUUUUUUUUUACUGAGUGGCUUUUUGUUGUUGGGAGGAUGAGUGAAUGUCCAUGUGCACUGAAUCUGGAGAGGAUGCUGUUGCCAGAUAACAUUCCUUUACACUUUUAGUCCUCUGCUAUACUUGUUUUUUUACCAACACAUACGCACAGACAAGCAGCUACAACACAAGCGUCAUUGUUCACAUACUUGCCUUCGUACUUUGUCUGUACCCGAAGGCUUAAAAAGAAUCAGGGCCAGAUCAUUCCUGGCUGACACCAGAAUAUCUUCUCUGAGAACUUCCGAUUUGGCACAACAUAAACAUACUUAACUAAAAAUGCCAACACUCAAGAGGGUUACUUUUGGGUAAAUGUAAAUAUCACAGGAGAAAAAGCGGCAGUAGGGGCAGUGGCGGCAAGCUCUAGAAGUUUCUCUUCAAAACUUUAUGCCAUUGUUGUCGUCAUGUGUUCGAAGUCUGCUGCCAACCUUAUCUCACAUCCUGAUAUACUGCUACUACACUCUGAAGGAACACAGGAUACGCAGGGGUAGCAAUCAUGCACACGUUAACAUGUGAUUGAAAACAAGUAUAUCCAAGGCAAUAUUCAAUAACAGAUUCCUGUGGAUAUUUGCAUAAAAUUCAUUGUUUUCUGUAUUUUGAUUGAGCUUUUAUUAAUGUAGAGCUCUAAAGGCAGUAUUGCCAUUUUUAUAUUUUGAUUCUGUCUCAUUUAUGCCUUCAUGGACUGUAUGUUAAUACCUCAUACCAAAUUUGCCUUUUUUUUUAAAUGUCAAGACAUUUUUUGUUUGUUAUGUUUGUCUCAAUCAGCAAAAUCAGCCUUCAAUAUGUGAAAAACAUCAAAUUUUUAUUUAAUAACAAAUGCAUGCUAAAUAUAUAGUGAAUACAGUGUGGAAGGUUACCACCCUAUCCAGAAAAGGUUGCUUAGUAUCUCAGUGCUUUUUAGUUUUACGUCACCUUAACAAGAGAGUGGACUAACUACAUUUAGCUCGUACCAGGACUAACAAACAUAACCCACAUUAUGAAAACGGUGGUGUGGUCCUUAAAGUAAUAAUUCGUCAUUGUGGGACACACGCUUAUAUGCUUUCUUGCAGAGUUAGAUGAGACGAAUGAUACCACUCUCAUGUCGGAAUGCUAAUAUGAAGCUACAGCCAGGAGAAGGUUAGCUUAGCUUAGCACAGAGACUGGAAAUAGGAGGAAACAGAUAGCCUUGCUCUGUCAAAAAUUAAAAAUCCCUACUAGCAGCUUGUCGUGUUGUCGUCCCUGUGAGGUUGCCAGGCAACCAUAGUGACUCCAGGAAGUCACUGCUCCCGGUCAAGAAAUAGUCUGGCACAUAACCUCCCAUAAAACCACAACUUGUUGUUUUUACACUUCGGGAUUUGUACUGAUUAUACAAGCAAGAUAUAAUGUGUUAAUUAGUGAGCUUUAGAAGUGCUGGUAAGGUUUUUUUUUUUUACCUGUGGAGAAGCUAGGCUAGCUGUUUCCCCUUGUUUUCAGACUUUAUGCUAAGCUAAGCUA